AUGCAGGAAGCGGCGUCGCUGGCGGAGUACCGCAAGGGCGGCACCGCCGCGGAGGAUAACGUGCGCCGCGACGUCGCGGCGUCAGAGGCGACGAAUGGGCUGCAGGCGACGCAGCCGAGCGAGGACGAGCUGCUGCACGAGGUGCUGGCGAUGAACACGCUCGCGAUGCAGCGGUGCAACGCCGAGGCGCUGGAGGACGCCUCCACGAUUCUUAGCGACGCGUACAUGAAGCUGCACAACCUCGCGUCGCCCGGCGGCGACACGCGGCUCAUGGACACGCUGCGCUCCACCACGCUCAACAACCUCGGCGUUGUGGAGUGCCACCGCGGGCAGCACCGGCAGGCACUCAGCCACUUUGAGGCCGCGCGGCAGUUGGAGGAGCGGUGGGGGUCGGCCUCGCCCUCCGUCGCGCUGAACACCUGCGCCGCAUACAACGCCCUGGGAAUGUACGACAAGGCAACGGCCGCCGCGGUGGAGACCAUCGACAUGCUGCGCACGUUGAAGCUGCAGGAGGAAAGUGGCAACGCGGCGACGCUGCCGGGGGACGACGGUGGGAGCCGCUCGCUGCAGGGCACCGGGAUUGCGGUCGCCACGUCGGAGAACAAGGUGCUUUGGGGCGCCGCCUGGCACAACCUGGCGGUGGCGCAGAUCAACACGGCGAGGUACACCAAGGACCCCGCGGAGCACAGCAAUGCCGCGGUCCUGUUUCAGAACGCAAUGCGAGCAACGCAAGAGCUGCUUGGCCGCGACCACCCCAUGACCAAAAGCGUGACGGAGACCUACCGCACGGUGCGGGACGUGCUGCGCUCCUACGGGGUCUACAAGCAGCACCACACGAUGCUCACCGUCCCGCCGCGGCCGGUUGACCCCCGCGACGAGGAGGACGACAUGGAGCGAUACCUGCAGCAGUGCGGCGGCAAGUCGCGGCGACGGGCCAAGGAGAAGUUCCAUCGCGACCUCACCAUCACCUUCUGCGGCGAGGCCACGCAUGGGGCGAAGCUGACGGAGCGCCUCGACCCCACGCCGUACCCCGGCGCCGUGGAUGUAGCCUUUCGGGGCAAAGGUAGAAAAAAGAUGCCGCGUGUGUUGCGCGGGAUGACGCUCAGCGCAACCCUCCUGCGGGCUGGCCAGCUCUACGGCAACCCGCACCCGCUCCUCUACUCCCUGCCGCCCAACUACGACGCGGCGGAGCCGGAGACGCUCAAGGACGGCUACCUCGUGGGAAGCGACGCCUUCGCAGGCGCGACGCCCAACCCCCGCCCCCCCGCCGCGGCGGCGCCGGCGGCCGGGAAGAAGUCCCCUGCAAAGCAGCGCAAGGAGAACCCGGCGCCGAAGUCUGCGUACUCGGCCCAAACCCCGUCCGGCUCCAAUUUCCAGCGGACGCCGCCAAACCAGCCACAUCCUCCGUUUCCCCAGCACCACGCCCCGCCCAACUACCAAGAAAGCGGAAGAGCGUAUCCGCAGCAGCAGCCGCCGCCCGGCUACAAGCAGCAGCCGCCGCCAAGCUACAAGCAGCAGCCGCCGCCAAGCUACAAGCAGCAGCCGCCGCCCGGCCGCGAAGAGGCACCGUCGGGGUACCAGCAGAUGUCGUCGAAGAGCUACCAGCAGACAACAUCUAGCUCCCAGCCGAGGGGGGCAGGCGGCGGAAACGUCUCAAAAGAUCGGCGAGCGGCCCCGGGGACGGCCGCUCCACCCAGCAAGCCCCACCCAGUCCCCAGAGAGCCGACCGCAAGUUCCCAGGUGCCUCAAAAACUUCUUCCGCCUCUUGGGAAGGCGCCAGUGCAAGGCGGCGGUGGCGCCUCAACAGGGUCGGCGGGGAGGGCCCCCGAUGACGGUGGCAAUGGGAGCCGUCAACCACGCCGUGCUUCCAAGGGGCCUGUGACGACGGCAGGGCCCGCCUAUGAGCAGGUAAAGUACAUCCUCUUGGCGGAGCCUCAGGAUAGCCAGCGGCAACAGCGUGGGGGGACGGAGCAACGCCUGCUCGAUGGCUCGACGGGGCGAGUUUCCCUUUUGGGCGACGCUAACCGGCAGAAAAUGGGUGGCGAGCUGCUGGCAGAGCCGGAUGGCGGCAAGACCCACCGACUCUUUGAUGCGAUGUGGGUGUCGGGCAAGGAGUCCAUGGACGUCAGCGGGACGCGGGAGGUGGGGCGGCCCAGCUACUACGUUUCCUCCGUCCUGGACAUGUCAAAGGACUCGGUGCUAAUGCCGGAGGAGGUGCUGCAGAUGAUGGUGACAAGCGCCUCCUCUUCCGAGGAAGACCUCCCGCCCAUGACGGCUACCAGCAGCGUCUGA